AUGGACAUCCCCCAGCUCAACCUCCUCUUCUCCAUCAUCGUCAUCAUCACGCAUCCAAACCUCAAAAACCAAAGCUUCAAGCCCAAUCUCUGCUCCAAGCAAACCCCCAACUCAACCAAAAUGUCUCCCCAGAACACCGUCGAGAACACCGCCAUCGUCAAGGCCUCCCCCGGCGGCGGCUGCGUCGUCAUGUAA